UUAAUUAAUACUGCAAGAAAGAACAGAGCAGAAGAAGAAGUAAGAGUUUGUUUUGUCUCCUCAUCUUCAUAGCUGUCAUUGUACAUUGGCGAUCAUAACAACCAAUUUAGUAAUAAUAAUAACAAUAACCCAGGUGCUGCGUUCUGUAUUUUUCUCAAUUGGGUUUCUCUCUCUACCUUCAAAUCUUCAUUUUUAUUCAUCCCUCUUCUUCCUCUCACACACUUCAUUUCCCUAAAUUCUAUAAUGCUCUUCUCGCCGACCCAACAUUUUCAUUUUCUUUCAUCUUCAUCCAUACACCCUAUUCAAUAAUGGGUAUCGCACAAUUUCUCCGAAAAAUCUCACCUUUUGAAACUUCUUCUUCUUCUUCUUCUUCUUCUUCUUCUUCUUCUUCUUCUUCAGGGUCGUUGAAUGUUCGUUCCAGCAUGAUUAUGGGUUUAUCUUUAUUGGAACUUGCAGCAAUAUGCGUCAACUUGACUCUUGUUCUGCUGUUUCUCUUUCUUUUCUCGUUGAGAAAGAUUUUUCUGUACCAAGGAAUUCAAAUUGGGAAGAAGGACACUGCAGAUAAUCAUAGGAUUCAUACCCCAAUUUGCGUUGUCAUUGAUGGAGAAACACAAACACGUCAUAAUAUUUCAAUAGGUGCUUGGUUCAAGUUAUCUGUGUUUUCUUGUUUCUAUGUUCUGUUUGUGCAAGUUUUCAUUUUGGGGUUUGAUGGGGUUGCUUUGAUUUUCGGUGAGGCUAAUGGAAAACUAUUAGUACAUUGGUCUCUUCUUUCUGAGUCAGGUUCAAAUGUUUUGGCUUGGUCUGUGUUGAGCUUCUCAGCUUUGAAUUGCAAAUUCAAUGUGUCAGAAAAGUUUCCACUUUUGUUAAGAGUUUGGUGGUUUUUAUCAUUUGUUAUUUGCUUGUGUACUUUGUAUGUUGAUGGAAGAGACUUUUGGGUGGAAGGUUCUAUGUAUCUUAGUUCUCAUGCUGUUGCAAAUUUUGCUGUCACACCAGCUCUUGCUUUUUUAGGUGUAGUUGCAAUCAGGGGUGUUACUGGUAUACAAAUUUGUGGAAACUUAGAACUUCAAGAGCCAUUACUUGUUGAAGAAGAAGAAGAAGAACCAGGGUGUCUCAAAGUUACUCCAUAUAGAGAUGCUGGACUUUUUAGCUUAGCCACUCUUUCAUGGCUGAAUCCACUUCUUUCCAUUGGUGUAAAGAGACCACUUGAGCUUAAGGACAUUCCCCUUGUUGCACCAAGUGAUAGAGCCAAGACAAGUUACAAGGUUUUGAAUUCUGCCUGGAAGAGAUUGAAGGCUGAAAAUCAAAAUUCUUCUAAGCAACCUUCAUUAGCUUGGGCUAUUCUCAAGUCAUUUUGGAAAGAAGCAGCUGUGAAUGCCGUCUUUGCUGGUAUGAAUACUUUGGUUUCAUAUGUAGGUCCAUACAUGAUUAGUUACUUUGUUGAUUUCUUGAGUGGUAAAGAGACUUUUCCUCAUGAGGGUUAUAUCCUUACUGGUAUAUUCUUUGUUGCAAAGCUUGUAGAAACAUUGACAACUAGGCAGUGGUAUUUAGGAGUAGAUAUAUUGGCUAUGCAUGUUAGGUCCGCUCUAACAGCAAUGGUGUAUAGAAAGGGACUUAGACUUUCGAGCUCGGCGAAGCAAAGUCACACAAGCGGCGAGAUUGUUAACUACAUGGCUGUUGAUGUUCAGAGGGUAGGUGACUACGCUUGGUACCUUCAUGAUAUGUGGAUGCUUCCUCUGCAGAUUGUUCUUGCACUUGUGAUUUUGUAUAAGAAUGUUGGAAUUGCCUUUGUUGCAACGUUGUUUGCUACAAUCAUUUCCAUUGCUGUCACCAUUCCUGUUGCUAGGAUACAAGAAGAGUAUCAAGACAAUUUAAUGGCUGCUAAGGAUGAAAGGAUGAGGAAAACGUCAGAGUGUUUGAGAAAUAUGAGGAUUCUUAAGCUUCAAGCUUGGGAGGAUCGAUAUAGAAUAAAAUUGGAAGAAAUGCGCGGAGUAGAGUUCAAGUGGCUAAGGAAAGCACUCUAUUCUCAGGCUUUCGUAACUUUCAUGUUUUGGAGCUCGCCUAUAUUUGUUUCGGCCGUCACGUUUGCUACUACCAUAUUUUUAGGAACUCAGCUCACUGCGGGCAGUGUUCUCUCAGCUCUAGCUACUUUCAGGAUUCUACAAGAACCUCUCAGAAAUUUUCCGGACUUGGUAUCAACCAUGGCGCAGACAAAGGUUUCUCUUGAUCGCCUAUUUUGUUUCCUGCAGGACGAAGAAUUACGGGAAGAUGCAACUACUGUCUUGCCGUGUGGAACUUCUAACAUCGCUAUAGAAAUUAUGGAUGGUGUCUUCUGCUGGGACACUUUUUCCGCUAGGCCUACUCUAUCGGGAAUACAUAUGAAAGUCGAAAGGGGGAUGAGUGUAGCUGUUUGUGGCAUGGUUGGUUCCGGGAAAUCAAGUUUUCUUUCUUGCAUCCUUGGAGAGAUUCCCAAACUUUCUGGUGAAGUAAGAGUGUGUGGUUCUGCUGCAUAUGUUUCACAAUCAGCAUGGAUACAGUCAGGAAAUAUAGAAGAAAAUAUUCUGUUCGGAAACCCAAUGGAUAAAGCAAAGUACAAGAAUGUUAUCCAUGCUUGUUCACUGAAAAAGGACCUAGAACUUUUCUCACAUGGCGACCAAACAAUAAUUGGUGAUAGAGGUAUAAACUUGAGUGGUGGACAGAAGCAGCGGAUUCAGCUUGCACGAGCACUCUACCAAGAUGCCGAUAUUUAUCUCCUUGAUGAUCCCUUUAGUGCACUUGAUGCCCACACUGGAUCAGAAUUAUUCAGAGAGUAUGUAUUGACAGCAUUAGCAGAUAAAACUGUCAUUUUUGUGACCCAUCAAGUUGAAUUUCUUCCAGCUGCUGAUAUGAUACUGGUUCUUAAAGAAGGCCGAGUCAUACAGACAGGAAAAUAUGAUGAUCUUUUACAAGCAGGAACGGAUUUUAGAUCUCUAGUUUCAGCUCACAAUGAAGCAAUAGAGGCUAUGGACAUUCCUAUUCACUCCUCAGAUGAUUCAGAUGAAAAUGAGUCAUUGGAUGGAUCUAUUAUGACCAGUAAGAAAUCUAUUUCUUCUAUAAAUGAUAUUGAUAGUUUGGCAAAGGAAGUUCAAGAGGGAUCAUCAGUUCCAACAGCAAUUAAGGAAAAGAAGAAGGCAAAACGCUCAAAGAAAAAACAGCUUGUACAGGAAGAGGAGAGGGUACGAGGUAGAGUCAACAUGAAGGUGUACUUGUCUUACAUGGCUGCAGCAUAUAAAGGCUCAUUGAUUCCCCUCAUAAUCAUCGCACAAACGUUAUUUCAGUUCCUUCAGAUUUCCAGCAAUUGGUGGAUGGCUUGGGCGAAUCCUCAAACUGAGGGAGACCAACCGAAAGUAACUCCCAAAGUUCUUCUUCUUGUUUACAUGGCCCUUGCCUUUGGAAGCUCAUGUUUCAUAUUUGUAAGGGCUGUUCUUGUGGCUACAUUCGGUCUAGCAGCAGCACAGAAGCUUUUUUUCAACAUGCUUAGAAGUAUUUUCCAUGCUCCAAUGUCUUUCUUUGACUCUACACCGGCUGGAAGGAUCCUGAAUCGCGUUUCAGUUGAUCAAAGUGUUGUGGAUCUUGACAUUCCUUUUAGACUUGGAGGGUUUGCUUCAUCAACGAUACAGCUUAUUGGCAUUGUUGCUGUAAUGUCAGAAGUUACAUGGCAAGUUUUGCUCCUAGUAAUACCAAUGGCAAUUAUUUGUGUGUGGAUGCAGAAAUACUACAUGGCUUCCUCAAGGGAACUCGUACGUAUUGUAAGCAUUCAAAAAUCUCCAAUUAUACAACUUUUUGGUGAAUCAAUUGCUGGAGCAGCAACCAUCAGAGGGUUUGGACACGAAAAAAGGUUCAUGAAGAGGAACCUCUAUCUUCUGGAUUGUUUCGCACGACCAUUCUUCUGCAGUAUUGCAGCUAUUGAGUGGCUUUGCCUGCGCAUGGAAUUACUUUCGACCUUUGUAUUUUCUUUCUGCAUGGUAUUACUUGUGAGCUUUCCCCGUGGAAGUAUAGACCCUAGCAUGGCUGGACUUGCUGUGACGUAUGGUCUGAAUUUAAAUGGACGUUUGUCUCGCUGGAUACUUAGCUUUUGUAAACUUGAAAAUAAAAUUAUAUCUAUUGAAAGAAUUUAUCAGUACAGUCAAAUUCCUAGAGAGGCGCCAGCAGUUAUUGAAGAUUCUCGCCCUCCAUCCUCAUGGCCCCAGAAUGGGACAAUCCAACUAAUUGAUCUGAAGGUUCGGUACCAGGAAAAUCUUCCCUUGGUGCUUCAUGGAGUAUCCUGCACAUUUCCUGGUGGGAAGAAGAUUGGAAUAGUUGGACGAACUGGCAGUGGCAAAUCAACUUUGAUUCAGGCAUUAUUUCGAUUGGUUGAACCAGAAACCGGGAGUAUUCUCAUAGACAACGUUGAUAUCUCAGGGAUUGGCCUUCAUGACCUUCGGAACCAUUUGAGUAUCAUACCACAAGAUCCAAACUUAUUUGAAGGCACCAUUCGAGGUAAUCUGGAUCCUCUUGAAGAACAUUCUGAUAAAGAGAUUUGGGAGGCACUAGAUAAGUCUCAGCUUGGAGAUAUCAUCCGCGAGAAAGGACAAAAGCUCGAUACACCAGUGCUAGAAAAUGGUGAUAAUUGGAGUGUAGGACAGCGUCAACUUGUUUCUCUUGGCCGAGCUCUUCUCAAGCAAUCAAAGAUACUUGUACUUGAUGAAGCAACAGCAUCUGUUGAUACUGCUACUGAUAAUCUUAUCCAGAAGGUUAUCCGGAAAGAGUUCAGAGACUGCACUGUGUGUACUAUUGCGCAUCGUAUUCCUACUGUUAUUGACAGUGAUCUUGUUCUAGUACUCAGUGACGGCCAAGUUGCAGAGUUUGACACUCCAUUGCGGCUAUUAGAAGAUAGGUCAUCCAUGUUUUUGAAGUUGGUGACUGAAUAUUCAUCGCGAUCAAGUGGCAUACCGGAUUUUUAAACAAGUUGAAAAUGUCACGAAAAACUUCCCAGUUAGUAGCGGAAAGAGCUCAAGAACCUUCAGAGAUAGCAGCAGCAAGAGUGCAAAACAAACCAAAAGUUGAAAUGGUGAUGACGCUUCCGUUGCUGCCACUGCUGCAAUUGGCACAGGCAGAGACACAAAACGAACACACACAUGCGUCAAUCAAAAGUUGAAACUGUUAUGAUUUGAUUCAUCCUUUUUGAGAAACAUUGAGGAAUGAAUUCCUGCACGGUUGACAUGCUUUGUUAGAAGCAAGAUAUGCUGUUACAGGAAGGUUAACAUGUGGCGUCUGCGUCUGAAUUGGGAUCAAUUAUGUACAAUAAAGUAGUUUCGGGAAUGAGGAGUUAGGUUUUUUGCUUAGAGAAAUGUAGAGUUGGAACUAGUUUUGUGUAUUCCACAGUUUUGUUAUUAGCAGUGAGUAAUUCAGAAUAAAGGGCAUUUCUAAGCUGAAAUUUUGACUCCAUCCUCUGCCUCCUACAUGGAUACUGCAUAGUUGGUUGAUUAGUUUUCAUA